AUGGAUCUCUCCAGGGACAGGAGCCCGAACCUGAUGAUCAUGGACGUGCUGUUCAUCUCGCUGGCCUCGAUAUCCUGCCUGCUGCGGUGCUACACGCGCGUCUUUGUGGUGCGGGCCUUUGGCAUCGACGACUGGCUCAUGCUCGUCGCCAUGCUCUUUUACGUGCUCUACAUUGUCAGCGGCCUCAUCAGCGCCGCCCACGGCAGCGGCCGCCACCAGGACACGCUGUCCGACGCCGACUUGUCCAUUGCCAUGCGCAACUGGUGGCUGUGCUACCUCUGGUACGACGCCUGCAUGGUCUUUGCCCGCCUCUCCAUUGGCAUCUUCUUCUUGCGCCUGACCGUCAAGCGCCUGCAUCGGUACUUGAUGUACUUUGUCAUGGUCACCACGGUUCUCUUUGGGCUGGUCUUUCUGGGAGUCGCCAUUGGCGAAUGCACACCGGCACCAUAUUUUUGGGACAAGACCAUAGAAGGAGGAUGGUGUGUGGAUGACCGUAUUAUCGUGGCUCUCAUGUACGUAUACAGCGCAUCUUCGCUGUUCUCGGACGCAACAUAUGCCAUCUUUCCCAUAUUCUUGAUGAAGGGAUUGCAGAUGGACAGAAAGACCAAAUAUGCCGUUAUGCCGAUUCUGGGGCUCGGUUGGGUGGCUAGUAUAGCAGUCUUGAUCCGCUUCGCAUACUUGACCACACUGGCUUCAGAGGACUUUACAUAUGACGCCAUCACCAUCGCCAUUCUUUCCUCGGCCGAGCAAGGGCUGGCCAUCACCGCCGGUAACUUGGUUACGCUGCGGCCGCUCUUUACCCGCAAGUUUGGACUUUGGAGCUCCCUCGCGCGCGACGGGAAUUCGGCCGCCAACCAGCACCCGCCUACCAUUGGUGCCGUCGACAGGGCAAAAGGCCGAGCCGCCUCGGCCGCAUCAGACCCAAGCGAUGUCGGCCUCGCAACUUUUCUGCGGGGCUACGCAACCGAUGAGGAAUCAGGAGUACCAAUGAAGAGCCAUGAUGGCGCCUUGGAGCAGCAAAGCGUGGAUACGACGACGGAUGGAUCCGGGGCAAGUCAAAAACGGAACAGUCACGUAUGGUGUGCGCCCAUGGAAGAUGAAAACGAAAGUCAAAAUGGACUGCAUCAUCAGUCAUCGAGGGAUACCUUGACUGAUAUAACAAAAGCAAUGCCGGCCACUUUUCUAGCAAGGGAAGGCAGGCUUCGAGAUAGUGGUGGCACAUGA